CGAGCUUUAAGGUUGUCCCAACCCAUAAUUGAGAAACAGAAAGAACCGUCAACGGUGUAACGGGAAUGACGAUAAACAGUCGGUCGAAUAUUAUUAUUUUCAUUUCAAUUUGAUACAAUGGAUAACAAUAGCGAGCAACAGGGAUUGUCGCAUAGCGACUCUGUUUCCGAAGCCUCAAAUCAUAACGCGGAUGCCGUGGAAAUGCGAUACUUACUGAGAGGUAUUCUGGAGACGAAUCAAGAAAAUAUCGCACUGACCAAAGAGAUCACAAAUAUAUUGUCCAAAUUGAAUCUCGAAGUUAAAACACUACCCAGUGAUGUAAAGGAAGGUCUAGAUAAAGUGGCUUCCAUCAUGAGGGCUGAGAAGAUUUCUGAGUUCGAUGAAACAGCCAUUUGUGUAGCUAGAGAACGUAGGAUUGCAGAAGAGAAAGCACGACAACGAGAAGAGAGGAAUUUGUUGCAGAAGUACAAUAAAUUACACAGAAGUUAUGCGAGAUUGCUGAAGAAAUUGGACCAUCUGGAGGACUCAAUUCAUUCCCUUGAAAAUACAACUACUGCUUGUAAGGACGAUUUAUACUGCGAUAUGAUGUUCUUAUCUGCCAAGUUGAAGGAGUAUCAGGAGACUGAGGAGAAAUUAGAGUCUGAUUUAAGUGAUAUGGAGGUCGAGGAACUUUAUCCUGAAAAAAUAAAGGAAAAAUACAAAUUAUAUUUGGAAUUGUUGGGUAAUCUGGCUGAUGUUAAGCAAUUUUUUGAUCCGUAUCGUGAUUUACCGCCUAACUUAUCAGCGGCUAAACUAAUGCUGGAAAACAAAAGAAAAGAGUUUGAGGAGCUGGAACAUCAGAUUUUGGAGAGGAUGAAUGGUUGAGUUUAGAUUUUAGUUGUAUUUUAAAUAUGAUAGUGAAAGUGUUUUUUUUAUUUUUUCAAGUACGACCAACUUUUUUGUUAAU